GAGGGCGGACUCUUAUUGGCUGCAGCAUCGUAAUCCACGCGCUGAGGAGCAUUAAUAUCAUCAUCAUCAUCAUCAGUUUAUUCGUGGAUGUACGAAAGAAAAGACCGCGUGCGUGACCAUGUACACGAGCGUGAAAUGCAGUAAAAUCAGUCUGUCGGGAAUAGAGGAGUCUGAAUAAUUGAAUAGUGAAACCAUUACGUUUUACAAGAAGUACACUGUUGGACCUCGGCCAUCCUCAGGAUAAACUGCAAACGUCUUUGGGCAGAGAUCUUCUUCCAAAAUACCUUUACCACUGUGCACAGCUGGACACAGAAUCAAGCUUUACUGUGUAAAGUAUUUCCUGAUUCAUUUUUACAAGUCCCUAACUGUGCCCCCCUUGGGGCCAUGCCCCACCUGUUGAACAAUGACACUUCCUUUAGCUCCAGGCAAGAGCUUCUGGAUUUACAUAACAGCCGCCUGGGACCCAAUCUAGAUACUCCCAGCCCUGUGGAGUCUCAGGGCUCUGGUCCAAGAAGCCCAUUUGGAGAUGCCAGCACUAUAAUCCAAAACACUGGCAAACUCGGCAUUGAUCUCACAGAGCCACCACUUCGAGUAAAGUUUGUCCCCACGGGCACAGAAAAUCUGUGUGGAUGGGGAGCACUGACUCCCCGGUUUAUCCAGACAUUCAAUACUCCACGCUGGGUUCUCUUCUUUCUCUGUGUGGCCUCCUUCCUCCAAGGCAUGAUCAUCAAUGGCUUUAUCAACACUGUCAUCACCUCUAUCGAAAGACGCUUCGACCUGCGCAGCUACCAGGCAGGACUUAUCGCCAGCUCCUACGACAUCGCCGCUUGUGUGUGCCUGACGUUCGUAAGCUACUUUGGUGGUACUGGCCAUAAGCCACGAUGGCUGGGCUGGGGCGUGCUGAUCAUGGCACUGGGGUCACUGGUCUUUGCCCUACCCCAUUUUACUACGCCGGCGUAUCAGGUGAGAGUUCCGGAGCGCAUGGGACUUUGCUCGGGCAAUCACACGGAGACAUGUGACGACGAGCAAGGCGGGCUCUCUUCUUACCGAUUCGUCUUUAUGCUGGGCCAGUUUCUUCAUGGGGUUGGUGCGACCCCUUUGUACACACUUGGGGUCACAUACUUAGAUGAGAAUGUGAAGUCAAACUACGCACCUGUAUAUAUAGGCAUCUUCUACACAGCUGCUAUUGUGGGACCAGCGGCCGGAUACCUGCUGGGUGGAAUGUUUCUUAACAUUUACACAGAGAUCGACCAGACAACAGAGCUGACUCCUGAAAACCCAAUGUGGGUUGGGGCCUGGUGGAUCGGUUUUCUAGCUGGAGGGGCAGCAGCUCUGCUUAUUGCUCUGCCUAUACUGGGUUACCCACGCCAGCUACCAGGCUCUCAGCGAUAUGUGGCCAUGCGCGUUUCUGAGGCUCACCAGCUGAAAGAUGGCAGCCAGGUCACAGCAUCUGAUCCUCAGUUUGGCAAAACAGUAAAGGACAUGCCCAGAUCCAUGUUGUUUCUUCUGAAGAACCCUACUUUCAUCUUUCUGUGUCUGGCUGGGGCCACAGAGGCAACACUUAUAGCUGGGAUGUCCACAUUUGGCCCCAAAUUUCUUGAAUCUCAGUUUAAUCUCAGCGCAUCAGAGGCAGCGACUUGGUUUGGCUAUAUGGUGGUGCCGGCAGGUGGAGGUGGUACAUUUCUUGGUGGAUACAUUGUAAAUAAGCUCAACCUCCGUUGCAGAGGUAUAAUUCGAUUCUGCAUGGUGUGUGCACUGGUCAGCCUGUCGGCUAUCUUCAUCUUUCUCCUACACUGUCCUAAUGUGCCGAUGGCUGGUGUGACCGUCCCUUACAAUAGCAACCUGCCAAACCACGAUUACAGCGCCCCCUACCUGCAGACAGAAAUUUACAACAGCAGCGUCUCAGAGCUGGGCAACCUGACCGUGAGCUGUAACGUGGGAUGUCACUGUGAUAAGGAGCUGUUUAACCCUGUGUGCGGUGCAGAUGGAGUGAUGUAUUUCUCUCCCUGCCACGCUGGCUGCAGCUCCAUCAACCAAACAUACAACGCCAAAGGCAGACCGGUGUAUUCUGGCUGUAGCUGUGUGGUAGGAAAUGUGUCAUGGGGUGAGGUGGGCUUUGCUGAAGAAGGAAAGUGUGUUUCGUCAUGCAAUCACAUGCCAGCCUUCCUCAGCUUUCUCUUUGUCGUCAUCUUCUUCACGUUCCUCUGCAGUAUCCCUGCACUUACUGCAACACUGAGGUGUGUUCCUGACAGUCAAAGAUCAUUUGGACUUGGCAUCCAGUGGAUUGUUGUAAGGACACUAGGUGGGAUCCCGGGGCCUAUAGCGUUCGGCUCAAUGAUCGACAUCUCCUGCCUCCUGUGGGAGGAGAAGCGUGGGGAAUACGGCUCUUGUUACUUAUACCACAACUCAUCCAUGAGUCAGUACUCACUCAUCGCUGGCAUCAUAUACAAGGUUUUAGGUUCUCUCUUCUUUCUGCUGGCCGCUGUUCUGUAUAAGCCUCCACCUGAAUCUCCUCAAAGCAGCUGCGAGAGCACAGACGCGAGCGGGCAAGACAGAGACCUGCCAAUCAAACACGUUCCCGCCGAGAUCAUCACCAACCCGCACGCACAGUUAUGACCACAGAUACACAGCACAUACACUGCGGUUGUGUCAUACGCACCAAUGCUCUCAUAGAUCUCCUCACCAGCCUGAACUCCCCUUCGACCGGAUUUCAUUCUAGAUAGGAACAUUUGUUACAACUAAAAAGCGGCAUAAUAUAGUUUUCAAAGAUUUCUAUUUGAGUCAUAUGUAGGGAUGCACUGAAUAUUCGGCCACCGCGUAAAUGGCCCAAAAGAGCAUUUUCAGUUAUCACUGAAACAAUACAGCCGAAAUGUUGUGAUAACGCAGAACAGAAACUGCGACCUGCACGUGCUUGUCUAAAGCAACAUGUCUGCAGUGUGGAUGUAUUUCAGUAUCCCUGUGUCUCUGUGUCGUGAAUCAGUAUGUAUCACGGAUC